AACAUAAAGGGUAUUUGAACCUUUUUCCCUUCUCUGUUAUUGCUAUGAUCUGCGUCUUUUUUGGGUCAAAACACAGACAUCUCUCAAUCUCAACGUCAGGUUAUAGUUGAGCUUAAGAAUAAUUAGUAGCUACAAUGGAUUUGGCUUCUCGUUAUAAGGGAGUGGUUGGGCUUGUUUUUGGUAAUGAGAGUUCUGCUACUAAUGAAGAUAGCUAUGUUGAACGGCUGCUGGACCGAAUCAGUAAUGGUGUCCUGGCAGAAGACAGGAGAAAUGCCAUGGCUGAGCUUCAGUCUGUUGUUGCAGAAAGUCGUGCUGCGCAGAUGGCAUUUGGAGGAAUGGGAUUUCCGGUGCUUAUGGGUGUAUUGAAGGAGGAAAGAGAUGACAUUGAAAUGGUUCGAGGUUCCCUAGAAACUCUUGUAAGUGCCUUGACACCUAUUGAUCAUGCAAAAGGACCGAAGAAUGAGGUCCAACCAGCUUUGAUGAACACUGAUUUGCUUUCCCGAGAGGCAGAAAAUAUUUCCCUUCUCCUAGGGUUGUUGUCGGAAGAUGACUUCUAUGUGCGAUAUUAUACACUUCAAAUUUUGACUGCCCUUCUGACGAAUUCUCCAAACAGGUUGCAGGAAGCCAUUCUAACUAUUCCACGUGGUAUAACUCGACUCAUGGAUAUGCUUAUGGAUCGUGAGGUUAUACGAAAUGAGGCCUUACUGCUUCUUACUUACUUAACUAGAGAAGCCGAGGAGAUUCAAAAAAUUGUGGUAUUUGAAGGUGCAUUUGAGAAAAUAUUUAGCAUUAUCAGAGAGGAAGGAGGUUCAGAAGGUGGUGUCGUUGUGCAGGACUGUCUUCAAUUAUUGAACAAUCUUCUGCGUAGCAAUACAUCUAAUCAGAUACUACUGAGAGAGACAAUAGGUUUUGAUGCCUUGAUAUCAAUUUUGAAGCUACGAGGGAGUGCUUACAGUUUUACCCAACAGAAGACGAUUAAUCUACUCAGCGCAUUAGAAACCAUUAAAUUGUUAAUUAUAAGAGGUUCAGAGGCUGGGUCCGGAGUGGAUACGAACAAGCUGACCAAUCAAACUGCUCUAGUUCAGAAAAAGGUGUUGGAUUAUCUUCUGAUGCUGGGUGUUGAAAGCCAGUGGGCACCUGUUUCUGUGCGCUGUGGAGCAUUGCGUUGUGUUGGUGAUUUGAUUGCUGGACAUCCCAAAAAUCGUGAUGCUCUUGCCACCAAAGUUCUUGGUGAGGAGCCACAAGUUGAACCUGCUUUGAAUUCUAUACUUAGAAUCAUUUUGCGGACUUCCAGUAUCCAAGAGUUCAUGGCAGCUGACAAUGUUUUUAAAAUCUUUUGUGAGAGAAAUUCUGAGGGUCAAACAAUGUUAGCAUCCACAUUAAUUCCUCAACCACAUUCAAUGACACAUGCUCCUAUUGAGGAGGAUGUAAACAUGUCUUUUGGAAGCAUGCUGUUACAUGGUCUUACUUUGGGUGAAAGUGACGGAGAUCUUGAGACCUGUUGCAGGGCUGCUAGUGUGCUGUCUCAUAUACUUAAGGACAAUAUGCAGUGCAAGGAAAAGGUUCUUCGGAUUGAACUUGAGUCACCCACACCAUCCUUGGGAGUUCCAGAGCCACUGAUGCACCGCAUGGUGAAAUACUUGGCUCUUGCCUCCAGCAUGAAGAACAAAGAUGGAAAUGCACCAGGGAAUUUAUUUGUUCAACCAAUUAUUUUGAAAUUGCUGGUAACUUGGCUGGCUGAUUGCGCCAAUGCAGUUCAAUGUUUUCUAGAUUCACGUCCCCACUUGACAUUUCUGCUUGAGUUGGUGUCAAAUCCAUCAGCAACUGUGUGCAUAAGAGGGUUAGCAGCAGUUCUUUUGGGAGAGUGUGUUAUUUACAACAAGUCCAGUGAAAGUGGAAAGGAUGCCUAUACGGUAGUUGAUGCGAUAAGUCAGAAAGUUGGACUCACAUCAUACUUUCUUAAGUUUGACGAAAUGAUGAAGAGCUUCCAUUUCUCCUCCACGAAGCCUGCAGAAUCUCUUAAACCAUUGACUAGAUCCGCUGCUGCUAGUAUGGCGGAGAUUGAAGACGUAGAUGAGCAGGAUUCAUCUGAUCAGAAGAUUAAGGAUCAUCCCAUCCUCUCUUCAACUUUUGAUAGUUUUUUUGUCAAUUUUGUCAGUAAGUUGGAGGCAGAUAUAAGAGAAACUAUUAUAGAUGUGUACAGUCGUCCAAAAAGUGAGGUUGCAGUUAUGCCUGCUGAGUUGGAGCAGAAGAACGAAGAAAAUGAUAAAGACUAUAUCAAGCGGCUGAAAUUAUUUGUGGAGAAGCAGUGCUCUGAGAUACAGAAUCUUCUUGGCCGAAAUGCAACUUUAGCCGAGGACCUUGCCAAGACAGGUGGGGGUGGCUCUUCCCAACCUGAACAAAGGGCAAGUGGGGGUUUGGAAAGAGUCCAGACCGAGACACUCCGAAGAGAUCUUCAGGAAGCUAAUCAAAGGAUCGAGAUGCUUAAGGCAGAGAAGGUCAAAAUUGAGUCUGAGGCAUCUAUGUACCAGAAUUUAGCUGGGAAGAUGGAGUCUGAUUUAAAAAGCUUGUCGGAUGCGUAUAACAGCCUUGAACAAGCCAACUUCCAUCUAGAAAAGGAGGUGAAAGCUUUGAAGAGCGGUGGAGGCUCAAGUAUUCUGGAUAUUGAAGCGGUGAAAGCAGAAGCUAGGGAAGAAGCCCAGAAAGAGAGUGAGGCAGAACUAAAUGAUUUGCUAGUAUGCCUAGGGCAAGAGCAGAGUAAGGUGGAAAAGCUGAGCGGAAGGUUGGCGGACUUAGGAGAGGAUGUGGAUGCACUGCUUCAAGAUGUCGGAGACGAGAUGUCGGGCCUGCCCGAUGAUGACGACGACGAAGAGGAGCAAGACUGAGGGUGUGGCUAUCUUAUUGUUUAAAUUCAUUGCAUUUUCUUCUUUUCUCGACUCUUCUUGCUUUGUACAUUUUCUGGGUGAACUGUACAGCUUAACUUAUUAUCUCUCAAUCAAACUAAUCUUUUCCAUUGGGAUUUCGAUAA